AUGCGACAAUUCCUCUCCUCCCACUUCAGCAACGUCCUGACCCGCCUCCGAGCACUAAUCUCCACAGACCCGAGCCCCAGACCGUCGUGCCCAUGUCAGACAUCACCCCAGCCGCCCUGGCUCUCGGCCGUGCCGUGUCCGCACGCCGGCUGCUUCGUCUUUUUGCGCGCCGACGCCACGGAAUACGUAGUCGAGCGCGUCCUCGAGCGCUACAACCUGUACGUCCUCCGGCCAUGGUACGGUGAUGAAGGCGGCGACAGGCCGCUCGGGGUCCGUGGUAAGCUCGUCGUAGGGCAGGGCGGCGUUGUGGCCGUGUCGGAAUUUCCGUUCGUCAUCGGAAUGGAUGGGGUCCCCGAGCUGCGGUGA